GCUGAGACUCGAACAGAUGCUUAUAUAAUUAACACGUAUUACUACCCAACUUCCAAGUCGUUAGGUCAAAAUGCAAUCGGUAUGGUUUUACUGAUGAAUCGAUUUACACAAAAGAAUAUGACACAAUACAAAAUGCAACUUAUCGCUACCAGCAAAUCAAAUCUAUCAAUGGCAACCACUCCAGUGUUACUAGAAAUCACACCACACGACAAUUGCCUAAUGCUCACAGUUUUUGCAACACUACAACUAUUGCCAGAUACUAAUUUUAUUGCCAUGGUGUCUCGCGUAAACAUGACGAUCAUACCAUUCAAAACCCCAUCGUACCAAAAACGAAACGUUGUUGUGUGUAUCUCUCCGUUGUACGUUACAGAGCAAUGGCAAAACUUUCUACUUGUAGUGCACAUUUAUAAGAAAUUUGGUGCUCACAUGCAUUUGUAUUUUAUCAGUGCGGUUACUUCAUUUUUUGAAUUAAUGUGGGAAUAUCAAAAACACGUAGGAUUAUCUCCUUGGGACCGAAUGAUGUUUCCUUUUGUUCCAGGAGAUAUAGCAGAUGCAUACUCUCAAGUGGAAUUUCAAAAUUUGGCUGCAGCCCAAACGGACUGCCUUUUACAGUACAAGGAAUCCGCACAAUAUGUGGCGCUUUUCGAAUUAAGCGACAUUUUGAUUCCCAAAUUGGCACCGACAUUCAUAAAAGAAUUUCAAAUUCUUCUAGAAAGAAGUAAGGGAACAAAGGAUGUUGCAUACUUUGAAUAUCAGAAACAUCACUAUGAAGCUACGGUUUAUAAUCAUACAAUAUUUCGAAUUGAGGAUAUGAUAAGAAGUUUAGUGAAUAUGGAAAAGAAAACCCUUGGAAACAUUGUAAUAAUCCCUGAAAAGCUGAAUUACACUUGGAUGGAUCGCCCGUUCUCCCUACCCGGAGGUUUACGUUCAAUAACUGUCGAAGACAAUGAAAUCAUACAUUUGGCAAAUAUUUCUUGGGUUUUAAGAUUCGGAAUUGAAGAGAAUCCGCGAAACAUUUCCAAUCAUACGGAAUUUUCUAGAAGCCUGGAAUUUCAGAACAUAUCUAUUUCUGAAAUAGAAUCAAAUAUGAAAUCAAUGUUUGAAAAUGAACGAAUCGCUGAAAUUUUACCAAAUCUUCCAAAUUUCUAUUAUUUUUACGAUAUGCUCAAAGAAUGCUUCGAAGGUCGAUAUUAUAGGAUUUUGAGGAACAGGCGUAAUCGACUGAAAAAUGGAAUUUGUCCUGGUCCUCAAAUUUGUAGCUUCGUCCAAAAUGAUGCGGUGAAAUGUGUUCAUGUGAAUGCGAAGCAUUUUUAUAUGCAUGAAAUACGGCCGGUUACCUAUUACUUUGCAACUAAUUAUUUUUACAGUGCUGAUAUUGGAUGUUACCCUCAUUAA